CCGACAGCAUAACAAUGAUAAAAUCAGUCGUGCUUCUAUUUUUCGUCUCAAAAGUGUUCUCGCAAAAUUGUACCUUGGAUCUUUCUGAUCCCGAAUCGCCUCUUAUUCUUAACGAGGACUUCACGGUUCCUAUAUUCGAUAAAAACCAAUCCCUGAGUUUUCAAAAUAAUGUACUUUUUUACGCUGUGUGUCCUGUGGGUACUCGCAGUACCUACAUUGACGAAGAAGGUGACAAUCUAGCUUGUAAAAGCGGCACGAACGUACUUAAUAUUAGAACUGUAGAAAUAUUCGAUUUUACUGAUAUCAAAUGUAAACCCACUGGGCCUGCGACUGUAAAAAAAAUAGACCAGCAAUGUUGGACCAACGGUACUCUUUUUGAAAUAGGAUUCAACGUUUACAACGAGUUUGUCUCUAUGGUCACGGUUUGUUUCGACGAAGUGAAAUUAGCACCGAUUUAUUCCAAAUAUAACAACACUUUGUUAUCGGAUGCACAGUGGUCUGGAAAAAUAAAGCAUACUUAUGAAGAAUCAUUGAUAUGUGACGAAAUUCCUUGUGAGUGGGUCAACAGCGGAAAUGUCUACUUUGAUGUGGAUGUGGAUGUGGAUGCCGUCUACAAUAAUCAGGCAGAAAUUUUACACGAUCUAGGGAUCGAUGAUCUCUCCUUAGCGAGAUUUCCUUUGACAAUGGGCUUCCUAUCCCAAAUAACUUCUCCAAACAAUCGUCAAAGAUUGCAGUAUGUCCCUUAUUUUGACUACAUGAAUGUUGUACCGGUAUGGAACAUAGAAGAAUCAGUUGAAGCGCUCAUGCAAAUAGUCCUCGUAUCAGUGGCUGACUCAAGUUACACAGGUCAGACUGUCAUUUCAGGCACUCUAGGUGUUAUCACUGUACCAGAUAACGAGGAAACUGAACUUUAUUUGAACGAUGGUAAAAUUCCGGUUCCUCGAUGGCUGUGGUUGGUUUGGGAUGAAAUGGAGGCGAUAGGUUUUUACUACAACGGUCCUUAUCCGGACGAAGCCGAAAACGAAUUCACUAAUUUAUGUUAUAGUCCCGGAUGCAUUUUCUUAGUAUUAUGUAUUUGUGAGUUCAACGAUGUGAUCGAUAAAGAAAUGAAACAAUUCAUUGAUAACAACUUUAAUUAA